AUGCCCGAAUCGGCCAAACGGAAGCUCUCGCUGGACGUAGAUUUUCUCGAGGCCGACCCGCCCUUGAUCGACCUGGACACGCCGCCCGUCACCAAGAAGCCUCGCCGAGUCCGCUGGGGCGCGAAUCAAACUGUCGUCUUCCACGACAUGGACCUUCAGUCGGACAAUGGGGCAUUGCUUCUGAUGCACGACGACCGUUCGCAGGAUCUCGAUGAGACGUUGACUACGGAGGUAGCGUCUGGCUCAAGCUCCAGCGUGACCCUCGUCCACGACCGUGGCAUCGCGCAGCAAGACAACCUGCCCGAAUCGGACGCGACGACGAGUGCUGGUACCCCCAGCUUGGCUGCGAUUCCAGGCACUGCUGAUACGGCCGCCACGGUCACCGGCGCGUUGGGUGUCGAGCAGUCGUCUGACUUCGUCUCCGACUCGGAGUCGGACGAUGCCCUGCUGACCGACAUCGCCCCUCUUAUGGCUCGGAUCGAGCGCAAGCUCCUGAAGCGCAAACGCGGCCGAGCCUCUGCCGCUUCUGCAACGGUGUCGUACACGAAUUAA